UAAUUUAAAGGGCGUUAGAGAGAGGAAGAGAGAGCCUCGCGGUAACGUUACCACACCUGUUUUAAGGAAGGGCGAGCCACCCACCGGUGCAGUCAAAGAGGUGACCGUUUAACGUAAAGAAUAAAAAUAAUAACUAAAAACAAGUUGGGUCAGCGCGUGUGUGUGUGUGUGUGUGGGUGUCUGUGUGUGAGCGUGCACAUGUGUUUAGGUGUGUAGAGCGGAAGCAAAGAAGAAUCCAGCGAUGGCUACCGGUAAAAGUAAAAACCAGAGCUCUCUGGUGCUGCACAAGGUGAUAAUGGUUGGCAGUGGAGGUGUGGGAAAGUCAGCCCUGACCCUGCAGUUCAUGUAUGAUGAGUUCGUGGAGGACUAUGAACCCACCAAGGCGGACAGCUACAGGAAGAAGGUGGUUCUGGAUGGGGAGGAGGUCCAGAUCGACAUCCUGGACACAGCCGGCCAGGAGGACUACGCUGCUAUCAGGGACAACUAUUUUCGCAGCGGGGAGGGCUUCCUGCUGGUCUUCUCCAUCACAGAGCACGAGUCCUUCACUGCCACUGUUGAGUUCAGGGAGCAGAUCUUGCGGGUCAAGGCGGAAGAGGACAAGAUACCUCUGCUGCUGGUGGGGAACAAGUCGGACCUGGAGGAGCGUCGGCAGGUGUCUGUGGACGAGGCCCGUGGGAAGGCCGAGGAGUGGGGCGUCCAGUAUGUGGAGACGUCAGCCAAAACCAGAGCCAACGUCGACAAGGUGUUCUUCGACCUGAUGCGCGAAGUCCGAGGCAAGAAAAUGGCGGAAAACAAAGACAAAAACGGAAAAGGAAAGAACAAGAAGAACAAGAAGAGCUUCAGAGAGAGAUGCUGUUUACUUUGAACUCUUCACGGACAUUACCCAAGCCGCAACGCGACUAAUGCUGGGAUACGAAGCAGCGUCGUUGUCUCUGCCUUUGGCAUUUAAUGACGUGAAAUUUGGUUAGAUUAUUAUUUUUUUUUUAAUAGCUUGUUAUAGUUUAGUGUCUAGAACAAUCUCAAACCAUAUGUUGCCAAUUUCAAUUAAUGAACUCUUGACUUGCCGUCUCAAUGGAAGAUAACCACUGGUGUGACUGUGACUUGGACUGCAGUGCUGGACGGCUCACAGAAAGCCAACGACCAAACUGCCACUGACACUAACUCUGCUGCUCAAGACAUCCACUCAGCGAUUUUACUGCCUUUGACUUAGGCUCAGCGUGUUUUGUCAAGUAAACAGUGCCAUUCAUUUCUUUACUUGCUCUAAAUCUUAACGUGCAUACUUUUUUUUUUUUUGUCGGGGUAUAGAUACCCCCUGAAUCUGUGUUCAUCAAUUGACAAGAAACGCUAAUGCUGCUGUCUGUCGAAUUAAUAGUGGUUAACAGUGACACUUGUAGCCCUCAUCUCUCCAGGCUCGUGCCUAUGAGCGUGUUUGGAAUACUUUUCAUCUUUGAGGCAGAGUUUACUGCCUUGCCUUUUUUUUUCUUCUUCUUCUUCUUUUUUUUUUUUUAUCCAAGGAUUUGGGAUUUUCAAACCACAGAAAAUUUAAUCAGAAGAGUUGUUGCCAAACAGGGUUAUUUUAUUUUGUUGUCAAAUUUAUCAGCCCUGACAAGAUUUCCACAGUUCAAUCACGAGGCAGUUUUUCAAGAGGAAAGUUGCAUAAUAAAAUCCCCAUAUUUUUGCCAAGGGUGUCAUCACUUAUUCACAGAGCUUCGUGUAGAUAUUUUAACGUUUGUUAGGUAUUUGGAAGCUGUGAAAAAGCGUUGUUAUGUGGUCGCCGGUAUUUUGUUGCGGGUGAGUGAGGAGUUACUAAGAGGAGAGAAGCGACCUCUUCGAGCCGCCCCGUCAUAUUUGUGUAAUUCAGCCCUUUCCGACCUCCUCACAGCACGGACGCCGGCACGUCUUGCUCGACGGUUUUCGGUCUUCGCUGGCUCUGCGCUGCGAGGUGGGUGUUGACAAUCCGGGAUGCUGCCCUGCUUUCCGCAUCGUAACCCGCCAAACGAUUCUGAUGUUUCUGUUAGUCCUUUUUGAAUUACAUGCACUACAUUGCCACUAGCUAAAAAGCAGACUUUAUACCGAGUGGGAUCGUUCUAGAGAUUUUUAAGCAGUCUGUGCCAACAAAAAUCGCAACAAAUCAAACUGUGUGUGGAUGUGCCCGUGUGAUGAUGAUGAUGUUGAUUAAUGGAGUGUAUGUACCUACAUUUGUUAGAUAAAUCUACAACCUUACUGUGUCUCUAAGUUAACAUUUGAAGCGCACGCCGACUUUUAACUGUUGUUUGAUCGAGUACUACAGUAAACAAGAUGUUUACCACUGCCUAAACCGUUCUGUGGAAUAUGCCCCCCAUUUAUUUUACUGCCUACUACUGUGACUAUGCUUCUACUUCUGCAGCAACACCGCUGCUGAAUAAAUGCUUUUUUUUUCCCUUUGUAA